AUGGAUCCCGCCACUACCAAGGUCAUACUUGGGCUCCAUCGCGAGGACCUGAACGCCGCCCUUCAGAGCCUGUCCAGGACCAGCCCUGAUGACCGCGAAGGGGCUGCUUUCGCCGCGUUUCGCGAUGAGCUGAUGAGGGGCUGGAACAAGUUACACGAUGCAGUCUUUACGCUCAUCAUCGUUCGGGAGGACGACGCCGUUCGAGAGGCUUUUACGCAACACGCGGGUGAAGCGCAGCAGGCUGAUCGCAACUACGAGAUGGCUUGCAGAUUUGCAGGUCUGCCAGUGCCUCAACGCCCUGCGGUAUCAAAUGAUCACGGAGCCCACGGAAUCGCAGCAGAUAAGCAGUCCGAAGGCGUGAACGGCAGGACGCUCGCUCAAGAAGCUCCCCGCUUCAGCUCCGUUGGGACGCAAACGGCACCUACCAAGACCAAGCCUCCUGCCGGAAACAGCUGGUGGCCAGCCUUGUCACUAAACAGUUUCAAGCGUUCGCGCGUUGAAGAUGCGGAUGAUGAAGACAAGAACUCACUCACACCAUACACGCAUGAAUCUACACUCAAGAAACGGACCGCCUGCGUUGAGCCGGCAGAACUUAGGGAGGCAGAUGACGGGCGAACCAAGCGAACCAAGCGAACCAAGCGAACCAAGCGAACCAAGCUUGUAUCAGAGGCCAGCACUACCCUUAUUAAUGCUACCGCCAAUGCCGCCUCGUCCAGCACAAUCAGCAAUGAAGAUCAUGGUCUCCCUGCAGCGGGAUCUGGCACUAUCAUGUCUCGCAAAUGCUCUGCAUGCUUGGACAUGCACCCCAUCCGAGACACAAUCCAGCUUCAAUGCAAGAACACUGGUGACGCCGAGGCUCAUGCAUACUGCCGCGAAUGUCUCAUCCACCUCUUCGAAACCUGCAUUACAGAUUCUUCGCAAUUCCCACCGCGAUGCUGUAAUCAGAUAUUACCGAUGCCGCUGCCAACACCACUUCUGCUACCGGUGCCAGGCGCCAUGGCGUACAUGUAA